UUCAGGCUCCACAUCUUAUGGAAAUGCUAGGACAGUUUGACCUGGAUUCUGAAGCAACGAGUGCAUGUAAAAAGACCAGGGAGGAAGCUACAUCUGUUGUGAGUUCAGACAGCAUUAGCAGUCUACCUCCAGAGAUAAAGGGCGACAUCCUCUCCCGUUUGAAUGUCGAAGAAGCGGUUAGAACUAGCACCCUAUCAAGUACUUGGAAGGAUGCAUGGACUUAUAUGCCAAAAAUAAUUACGCGCGAUGGAAAUUUUGCACAAACAAAGUUUGUUACGUUGGUCGAUACGGUGCUAUCACUCCACAAGGGAACCAUAGAAAAGUUUGAUAUAUCAGGUAAAGGAAGUUACCAUGAUGAAUUCGUUAGGUGGAUGCUCAUGCUGUCAAGGAGAUCACCAAGAUCAGUUAUAAUCAAGUUGAACUCAGGGCCAAGGUAUAGGAUUCCCUCAUGCCUCUUUUCUAUUGCCUAUCUGAAGUGUCUGUGCCUGGAAAACUGCACUAUCAGCCUGCCCCGGGCAUUUGAAGGUUUCAAGAGCCUAACUUACCUCAGCCUGAAAAUUUUCUGCUCAACAGACAGGGAUAUUCAAAAUCUGAUCUUGUGCUGCCCCAUACUGACCAAUUUGAUAUUAAUUUAUUUUGAGGGCAUCCACUGUCUAAACAUUCAAGCUCCUAAACUGGAAUAUCUUAAAGUUUAUGGGGACUUUGAAGAUAUUGCUUUGGACGCCCCUAAUCUGGAGGAGGCCACUCUCUCUAUUGAUUACAGAUCUAAUGUAUAUCAAUCUGUUCCAAUUGCGCUUGACAAGGAAAGCCUUGUCAAGCGGGCACUGGGAAGCCUUAGUGAGAUCAAAUCACUUUUAAUUACUGGUUUUUUCCUGAAGUAUCUAUCAAAGGGGUGCAUACCUAUGAGGCUCCCUGCCGUGUUUCGUCGGCUGGAGUAUAUUUAUGUUAUGAUAAAUUUUGAGGAUCAGAGGCAAGUGUUGACCGCAUGUUCAUUGUUUCAGAUUGCCCCUAACUUGAAGGAGUUUAAGAUAUCGAGUUACCGUUGGGGCAUACCUGAUCUGGACCAUCUCGUAACGGCCAGUAUGUACUAUUUCGAGGGUUUGGACUAUGAAAUUGAUUUCGUGGCAAAGAUACUGAAGGUAGAGUGGAGGGGCGACAUAGAGCGCAGCAAGGUUGUUGCCAAGCUGCUACUAGAUCUACCGAGGGCGUCUCCCAGGGCCAAGGUCAUUGUUACAUUUUGACAAGCAUGCGUCCCUCAUCACUUUGCUGGCUUCAGUUGCCGCCGAGUAUAACUAUUUCGUCGUCUUUGUUUAUGCGAAUGUACCACCUAGGUAGAGGUAGUGUGUACUGUUGACAACAUUUGACCCUGUUUUCUGCGUAUGGUAGAUUCCUGGUUCUAGCAAAUAGGAGUAUAUGUGUCCGUAAGAAGUGAUCACAACUCUUCAUGAAGACACCUUCAUCUUGUAUCAAUA